AGUCACUCCUGUGUUCUCGUCGUGUUCAGGCGCUGGAAACUAAGCUGUUAACCAUUGCACUUCGCUAUUAGUUCUUAUAAGAGGCAAUACUUAUACCAAGGUACUGCCAUGAGGGUACUAGUGCCUGUAAUAUUGGCGGCCAUCUGCCUUGAGGCGGCAGCCGAUCCUCUCCCUUGGCGUCGAAGUCAAGAUUCGGUCCCUGGGUAUGAGCAUCGAAGUCACAGCCAUUCUCCUGGCCUCCGAGGUCCUCCUUGGCGUGGGGAAGGAGACCACGGCCGUUUAAAUUACGGUUCUUCUUCUGACCAUGGGCAUCCGAAUCAUGGGCUUCCCGGCCAUGGGCACCUUGGCAGUUCUUCUUCUUCUGCGCCUGUUUAUGGGCAGCGAAAUCACAGUUUCUCCUCCGUGGCACCCGGGUCGGAGUCACAAUUCGUCCCAUGGGCAGUUACAUCCUCCUACCGACAGGAUUCCUUCAGCUACCCCAGCAGGAGUUCCCCAGCACAGUGCCACAGGCCAGGGCAAACUCACUUCUCUCUUGCUGCUGGGAGGAAAAGGCUCAGAUGCCCACGGUUCGCACAGGGUCUUAGGAAAACACAAUCCUCAUGUUUACUUAUUGCCAGACAGACACGGCUAUUCGGGGUCUCACCGCAGACAACAUGGGUUUGACGAACCCUCAUAUCACUCUCCUCACCACGAUUAUCACACUCAUGAACCCCUCAGUCACCACAAGUAUGAUUCACCUCACCAUUACAAACAGGGUCCUUCCCAACACGACAGUCACCACCAUCCCUGGUCUCACUCGAGUCACCACAAUCACGGCCCCCCUUUCAGUCCUUACCAUUUCUGGCGUUCUCUCUUCCACAUCGAGGCCGACUCCCUCCUUCGCAACCUUUUUCACCACAAUCACCACAACCACGGGCACCAUGAUCACCAUACCCACGGGCACCAUGAUC